AAAUCCAAAGCCGCCAUUCCUUCGUCUGAAAGAAUUGACCCGAAAACCCUAGCUAGUUUUGCCGCGUUCAGUCGAUUUUAUUCUGCGAAUCGAAAAGCUAAAUUGGGGAGGGAUCGAGGGGGUAGGGUUCCAAGGACUAGGAAUCUAUGGCGUCCUCGUCGUUCAUUGCCCCAUUUACGAUAAUAACCCCAAACUGUAACUCCGCAUGUUGUUCAAAAUUGCCCAUUAGAUCCGGAAUUAGGUUUCGGGUGUCUUCUAGAGGUUAUCUUCAAUGCGCAUCAACGGGGAGAUCCGACUUUCGUUCAUAUUCUUCACCAAGCCAUGAAGAAGAAGAAGAAGAGCCCCAGGAAGGCCAAGUUCAAGAACUUAGGGUUCCAGAACACUGGUUGGACCCUUCCAAAGCCUUAGAGGAAUCGGAGUGGCUAAGGUUAAAUCUCCACAAAUGGUUGGAUGACGAGUACUGCCCAGAGGCCACUAAUGUGGAGAUCAGCAGUGUCGCUGCUCGCUCAUAUUACAAAUCUUUGGUGGAGAAACAAACUGACCUGGGUGAGAUUCUGUUAAAGAUGGCUAAAGAAUUGCAAUCUGUCUCCUAUCGGGAUAGCUUUCAUGGAGCAUUCUCAUCAGCAAAUGCAGCAAUCGAUCUAAUAAUACAACGGCUAGCUAAGGACUAGUGGUUUGACCACCCAUAAGUCCUGAAAAUUUUACUUGUAGUUGGAGUUUAUUUGUAAGUUGCUCUCUUAAACACAUUACUACAUGAAAAUCAAGCAUUGUUGCUAUUCCAGUGUCCAUCUACUUAUUUAAUAUUAGGAGUCUUGUCCUUGCCUAAUUGGGAAUACUACAUGAGGAUUUUGAGUUGAUUGCUGGAAUAGGUUUACUCGGAACAUAGUAUGGAAGUGAAUUUGCUCAACACUACUACAUUAUCUGCUUUUUUCUUCCUUUUAUUUUUAUGCUAACCACAAAGUGAUGGACAUUGUGCACAGCUUCUUAUAGACACCAUUUCUUUUGAAAAAAAACAUGCACACACGCACAAUAUGAAAUGAGAAAUUUGGUUAAUAUCAUCUGCUAGAGAACAUUGGAAAACUUAUCAGACAAAGGAAAAUGUCAAGUGAAAGUCGUUGGCAGACUGGUGGUAUUCAGAAUCACAAUGGAAUAGAAAAGUUUGUCCUUUAAUUAGAACUUUACUAUGUUGUAUUUGCCUGUCUUAACAGUUAUA